AUGGAUCAUCACAAUCAUCAUAAUCACCAUAUGGAUCAUACCAUGAGUGAUGCUGACAUUUCUGCACCUCUGAUGGACCAUUCCGCGCACAUUCAUCACGAUCAUUCCUCCGCAGCUCAUGUGCAUUCCAUGUCAUUCCAUUUUGGCUCCAGUGAAACAGUGCUUUUCAGUUUUUGGAUUGUCACUAGCCCGAUCGGAAUUGUAACAGCGUGUGCCCUAACAGUCUUGAUGUGCUUUAUGAUGGAAAGUAUCCGAUGGUUUCGAGGUAUUAGACCACCGUAUAACGUUGAUUUGCAUACGGAACAAUCGUCUGUUGCAAAUCCAAAAUUUGCUCCACACGUCACGACAGCUAUGUGCACGGAUGCAAUUUUGCAUGCAAUCCAACUUACACUAAGUUAUGUUUUAAUGCUACUCUUUAUGACAUUUAAUGUAUGGAUUUGUACAGCGACUGUUCUUGGCGAAGUAUUCGCCAGACUCAUUUUUGCUGUUUUAUUCGGUGAAAAACUAAUAAUAAAAGCAAAUCGCGCUAAUGUGGGAUGUUGUUCCUGA